UAGGUUACCCACAUAAGAAAAAGACUUUCAAUAAGAAGACAAAAAUGAUUUGCUUAUACAAUUCAAAGUCCAAGCAUAGUAGAUAAAAGUAGAAUUACUUGUAGGUAGACUGUGAUUGAGAAUCUCAACUAACAACACAAAACCAACAUUUAUAUCUUCAUGCUAAUGCCAUGCCUUUAUUCUCCUCCUCACAAACAAUUCCACAUAUAUAUGUAUGUGGGUGUGUGUGUAUAGACUUUGUGUAUUCUCAAACUAGUUUUCUGCAAUACCCACCAAGUGUUUUGUAAAAAUUUAAACACCCAUCAAUGUCUAAAACCAAGAGGAUAUGCACCCUUCUGCUAAGACUCAUGGCCUUCGCCGCCACUCUAUCAGCAACCAUUAUCAUGGCUACUAGCCAUCAAACAGCUUCUUUCUUUGCAGUGUCCCUUGAAGCAAAAUACAGUGACACACCGGCAUUCAGGUACUUUAUGAUUGCCAAUGCCAUUGUGAGUGUAUAUGGUUUUCUGGUUCUGUUUCUUCCCACAGACAGCAUGCUCUGGCGAUUGGUUGUUGCCUUGGAUUUGGUUUUCACAAUGUUACUGACUUCAAGCAUCUCAGCAGCAUUAGCAAUAGCUCAAGUGGGAAAGAAAGGGAAUGCUAAUGCAGGAUGGUUGCCCAUCUGUGGGCAAGUGCCAAAAUACUGUCACCAAGUAACAGGAGCUUUAGCUGCUGGCUUCAUUGGAGUUGUCAUACACAUGCUUCUCCUCCUUUAUUCAAUCCAUACUGUUCUAAAUCCACUUCUUGUUCAAAAGACCUAAAUCUCUCUCUCUCUCUCUCUCUCUGACUUAAUUAAAAGGGCCCUUUUUAUUAUAUAGCUCUCAAUGAUGGAAUUCAGUUUUAUCUCA